AUGUCUCGGCAAGAUCGCCCAGUCCAUCAGCCAAUCCAUCCAGAUGUCCGGCCGCUCUUAGAUCCGGAAUAUGUUGCCUUCCAUGAUAAGUAUUUUCAGUACUUGCUCCCGGAUGAUCGAAAGACUUGGGACGGAUCUGCCCGUGUGCCUUCCAAGACAUUACCACGCACGGAAUCUGUACCCGUGGACGUGGCCAAUGUUCGCGACAUCAGCUUGGAAAACUUCAAGCUCCGAGUAUUCACUCCAAGCGCGGGGAGGCCAGCACAGGGCUGGCCAGUCUUCCUCUGGUUCCAUGGCGGGGGCUGGGCGGUGGGAGACAUUGCCAGCGGGAAUGAUCUAUGCGCUCUGAUCUGCAAGCGCGCCGAAUGCGUCGUUGUCACUGUGGGCUAUCGUCUCGCGCCUGAGCAUCCCUUCCCGGCAGCAUUCGAUGACAGCGUUGAGGCACUCAAGUGGGUAGUUGGAAGAGAGGGCGCACUGGAGCUGGGCAUCAAUCCUUCUCAGGUCGGUGUUGGUGGGACCUCAGCAGGAGGGCAACUCGCGGCAUCGCUUUCGAUCAAGGCAGCAAUGCUUGAACCUCCCAUACCAAUCAAAUUCCAACUGCUUGUUGUUCCUGUCAUCGACAAUACGGCUACCGAAGCCACAGUUUGGGGCAAAAAUAAAAAUGCUCCAUGGCUGACUCCAGCAAGAAUGCUAUGGUAUCGUCAGAUGUAUCUUCCUAAUAAGGAGGAUGAGGAACAAUGGGAAGCCUCUCCCUGCAAGGCAUCACCUUCGCUUUUAGCUACGAGUCCGAACACGUGGAUUGCUGUCUCGGAGCAGGAUCUCUUAGCCCCGGAAGGUACCGCGUACGCUGACCAGUUGAGAGAUGCUUGGGAAAGCGAGGCUGUCGAGAAACAGGUAGUUGUGAAGUCGUACAAAGGCUCAACCCACUCAAUACUUGCUAUGUCUGGUAUCUUACAAAAAGGAAAAGAGCUCCUGGAGGAUACAGCAAACCAAGCGGCGAAUUGGUUCUCAGCGUAG